AUGGCGGCGUCGAAGCCCUCAAGGCGGAAGCCAUUCACCUUUCCCGCUAUUAUUUUCUUGGCAACACUCGUCACAUUCAACAUCCAAUACCUAAUCCAGCUGCAUCAAGAAGUCCAGAAUGCUGUAAACCACCGCACAACGGCCACGAGCCUCAAUUGGUUCGAGUUUGUUGCACGAGAGCUGGGACACGAGGCCAUCAACGUUGCAUUGGUCAACAUGGACGACGAAACGACGCUUCCACACAAGAUCCCCACCAAAGGGGAGAUUGUCAAGGUGGAUUUCGACCGCGUGGUCGAGGCUGUGCAGUGGUCUCAUUUGUAUCCGGAGUGGAUCGAUGAGACCAAUGCAAAGUGCCCGAAUGUGCCCAUGCCCGUGUUCGAAAACUACGACCAACUGGACGUGGUGGUUGCUAGGGUUCCUCCGGAUGAAUUUGGUUUGAAGGAUGUUUUUCGGUUGCAAGUGAAUUUGGUGGUUGCUAACUUGUUAGUGAGAUGUGGGAGAGUCCAAAGUGGGAUUAGUAGACCAAUAUUUGCUGUGUUUAUAGGGGCAAGUGGGCCCAUGUCGGAGAUAUUUCGAUGUGAUGAUCUUGUGUUGCACGAUGCUGAUUAUUGGAUUCACAGACCUGAGUUGACAAGGAUCAGACAGAUUGUACUCAUGCCUGUCGGAAGUUGCCAACUCAACCCUCCUUUACCACAUAUUGGUAAAGAAUUAGGGAUUGAGAGGUUGAAGCAACCAAGAGAGGCUUAUGCUACUAUAGUCCACUCGACAGAAACCUAUGUGUGUGGAGCAAUAGCUCUAGCAAGAAGCAUCAUCAAACUAAACACAACCAAAGACCUCAUCUUGCUAGCCGAUUAUCACAUCUCUCCCAAAUCCAUCAACGGCCUCCAAUCGGCCGGGUGGAAGAUAAAGCAGAUCAAACGCAUACGAAACCCUCACUCGAAAAAAAAAUCGUACAACGAGUGGAACUACAGCAAGCUCCGCCUCUGGCAGCUAACAGACUACGACAAAAUCAUCUUCAUCGACUCCGACUUCAUCGUCACAAAAAGCCUCGACAAUUUCUUCAAAUACCCGGGCAUCUCCGCCCGGGGAAACAACCAAGACCGGUUCAACUCGGGGCUGAUGCUCCUAGAGCCAUCAAUGUGCACUUUCAGGAGGUUGAUGGAGAAGAGAUGGGUGGUGAGAUCGUACAACGGCGGCGAUCAAGGCUACCUGAAUGAGAUGUUUCCAUGGUGGCAUCGCCUCCCCAACAAGAUCAACCAUCUCACCUACUUUGAUCCGAAUAACGGAGAUGAAGAUAGGGAGCAUGUAGUUGAAAGUGAUGUGUAUGCGAUUCACUACCUUGGGUGGAAGCCGUGGUGGUGCUACAGAGACUACGACUGCAAUUGGGAUGGCCCCAAAAAUAAAAAAUUUGCGAGUGACUCGGCAAACAACAUUUGGUGGGAUGUUUAUGAUAAGGCGUCUGAUGAAAUGAAGGAAAACUGUUUUUUGACGCCGGAAAUGUAUAAUAGGUUUUGGAACAACAGAAAGAGAGCCAAGGAAGCUAACUUGUCGGAUGGGCAUUGGAGGAUCAAAAUUAGAGAUCCGAGGUUGAAUAAUAAAUUGUGA